CUUAAUCCCUCCUCCACCACUACUCGCCACGGCUCAACUGUUAUCGUUGUUUCCCUUCCCAGUGCUAUCCAAGUGCAAUCCUGUGGAUUCCGUUUCCCAUCAAGCCAAACCGAGCGCCUGGUUUUCCCGUGUUUGCUCGUUUUUCCUUCCGAGAACGGUUUUCCUCCGGUGACAAGCGAGCGCGUGCUUUUUUCAUUUAGCUCGUUCGCUAACUCGCUCACACGUCACCUUCCCUGGUCCCGAUUAGUGGUGACUCUGUGUGGCCUCCUACCAAAUUCUCCCUCUCCGGAUAAAAAUUGCCCGAGCACUGCGCAAUUCGAACGCUCCCUCACUUGCAACAUCUGUGCUGCCUACCCCUUGCAUCGGUGGCGAUCACGUCGAUCAUUUCUCUACCCCGCUGAUCUGCAUUGUCUUUAUUUCUCGCUUGUUGUGCAGAUCACAUCCGCCGACUCUUCUUGCUUUCUGCUAGAACUACAAUUCUGUGCUGCAAACGGUUCUACAGUGGUCAAUUUGGCUGCUUGUUUCUCAUCAAGACUCUCUUGUAACUGUGUCCAGACGGCAUAUCGGUUUCCACCUACAUUUGCCAUCUCCGUCAAACUUUAAUACGACCAAGUGUGUGCAACCGUUUUCCAAAACGAGUGUCCAUGUUCUUCUGACACCCGGCGUUACGCCUACUUCCCAUUAAAAUACGGUUUUUCGGUAGUCCAUCAGCAAUCAGGUUUAUUCUUGCUUCGAUUGAACAUAUUUGGUGACCCAUUAACGGCAUUUUAUUUGCAUUUGUUUGUUUAUUCCUCGCUAAUUGACCUUCGUCCUUGGUUACUAGUGCUAUUGCAAGUCAUUGCAAUCCUUUCUCACAUUAUCUACAUCUCUUUCUCCUUGUUCUUUUAUUCCUUGUUUUUUUUUACCUUUCCUAUUGUUUUUAUUUCUCUCUCCUUUUUUUGUUCAUCUUUGGUUCGCAUACUGGUUGUUCUCCUGGCUCAUUCUGGGCCAUUUCUAUCUACGUUGUCCUUAUUUUCCUGUUCUUCGAAACGCCCGGUAUCAGUUUAUAACCGCAAGGCGCUUAUUUCCAUCGUGAGCAUUGUUUUUAUCGGUGAGUUGUAAUCCACGUUUUGUCCUAUUCUCGUCUUGUUCCUUUUCGUCUUUUCCUAGUUCUCACUUUUCCAUUCGUGGGUUAUUUGAUCUCGUGCGAUUUUCCUGAAGUCUUAGAGUGUCUCCCGCCUUAUUGUCUCCCUUCGUUCUUCUUUUUGUUCUCCGCGUGUUGCAUUUCUCCUCCUUCAGCUUAAGGCUCCUGCAUUUCUUGUCUCUUCCCUUCUUACUUUGGAAAUGGAAGCUAACACUUCUGUCUAUCCUCUCGUGAACAUGAAUCUUCCAACUGGCGCUAACAACAAUAACAACAGCAAGCUAUUUUUAAAGGAGAAUAUGACUUCUGUACCUCCUCACUUUACCCCGUUACCGACAGCCGCCGCUUCGGCAAAACCAUCAUCGGCCUCUGGUGAUGGAGAUCAUCCUCCGAAAGAGCAUAAGAAGGUCUCCCGGGCUUGUGAUCGUUGUCGGCACAAAAAGAUUCGUUGUGAUCUUUCGACCGACCCUUCUGGAAAUGGCUGCGCUAAUUGCGUACGCAAUAACAUGCAAUGUAGCUUUACACACAUACCUCUCAAGCGUGGUCCUUCAAAGGGAAACCGGAGACGUGCUGCAGACAAGAACAGAAAGGUCAGUCAGCUAUCAGCAAAGACAAAAAAUGCCCGAGUUUCCAAACCAUACACAGAGCCGCAACAAAAAAUAUCAUUAGAAGAGGUUUCUCAGGAGCAAGCCCAGAAUGACGGCGGUUUUCCUACGCAAUCGUCUACCACAAUGGCUCCCAACAACAUGUUUUCGGGACAGAACACUCCGCCGAACAAUCCUCCAUCUAUGUCUGGUUACCCUCAAAUGAACCGUCCGGUAUCUGAACCUCAAUGGCCUUCCUUCCCUUCUACCACUACUAGCGCUACGUCCUCUGUUUUCCCUUCCAUAUCUACCGAUGUCCAGCAGCCACAACCGAUGCUGACCGCUAGUCCUGUUCUACCUACUGCUGCCGUUCUCGCCAGUCAACCGCUUAUGUAUGCCCCGCCUCCCAUUCGUUCGUCUGCGCUUGUGGAUCCAUUUCGGCAGUCAUCAAAUCCGCCCAGCAGUCUUAUGCCGCUUCCAACAUCGUCUCCUGGUGCAUACCAGUCUUCCAUGGAUUCUACCCAACAGCGGCAGCUGAAUCAGCAAUUGAGGUCGCUCACGCCGCGGACUUUGGCUGCCCAACCUGUCACCGACAAACAGGUGUUGGAUGAUAAUGGGUUUGCUAGUGCGCAAUUACCCUUAAGCACUUUACCAUCCCCUAUGUUUAAACACGCUCUUCUCCCUUCUAUCAAUUCUUUUGACUCAUCGGCCCCCAUUCUCUCUCCAGUACCGCUUCACAGUAGUCCUCUUCCGCAACCGGUAAAGUCCGGCAACCCUGUUACCGAUGAAAUCCUUAAACACUCUUUGUUGGGUUCGCAAUCGGAGGCCAAGAAUUCUGAACGUCGGAUUCCAAACCUUGGAGGUCUUACUUCUGAGCAGAAUGACUCUCUUUCACCUCUGAGUCAACGUGAUGGAUCGAAGUUGAAGUCGGGAACUGAUAACAAUGCUAGUGAAAAGGCACUUGUUUCUGGUUCCGAAACAACACACUUGCAAGAGUUGGCGAAUUUGUAUAAAGAAGAUGUGGAAUGGGAUGAGGCCGCCAUUGAUCGUUACUACUUGCUAAUUCAUUCUACCUUUCCCAUUCUUCAUCACAGCAAGGCGCGUCUCCGUGCUGAACUCGAGAAUGCGCCUGUUCAUUUACGGUCUUCGUGUCUUCAUGCAAUUUAUUCGCUAGUGAACAGACCCCCCUUCUCCUCACAGGGGCAUUCGUUUCAUAAUACUCCUUCAAAGGCUAUUGGAAUGUUAAACCUCUUGUGUACCAGUGUUCAAGUGCUUAGCAAUCGGAUAUUACAUCUUCAGACCAUGAUAUUGCUUGCUAUAGAAAGCGACCAAAGAGGUCCAGCAACCAUUACAGGCAAGAAUGGUUUGCCUCAAAGUAUGUGGCUUGGUGCUGCUGUCGGUCUUGCAUGUAAUAUGCGACUUCAUAUGCAAGGACAUUUGUCAUUCAAGUCAAUCACAGAGGAUAUUGAUAGCUCAGAAGCACUUUGUCGCCGAGCUUGGUGGGUUCUGGUUGUUUUAGAUCGUUGGCACUCGAUGUCUACUUGUUCUCCUCUCUUUAUUCCUGAGCAGUUGAUUCGCUUGACGUUUCAGGAUCAAAAAUUAUUGGGAUCUUUCCCUAGUCACUUGGUUCGGCUGUCUCUUAUUGUUGGUCAUUUGUCCAGUGCAUAUCAAUCACCAACCUUUUCUGCUCGCGACGAUCCUAUUGUUGCUGAGCAGAUCCGUUCAGAGAUUGACGCGUUCAGAGAGAGCGUGGAUGUUGUCUGGGGACAAAUGAACUUACUAACGCUUGCUGUAACCCACGUCAAAGUUCUUUUGGAACUCGCAUGGCAAGCCCCGCCUGCUUCGGUUCUUAAGCCUGCAUUAAAAAUGGCUACAAUACUUCCAUCUUCAUCUACUCCUCUAACCCCUUUGAAUCAUCACUUCUUUAGUCUUGCCGCCUGUGUCUUGAUAGGCGUUUUUGACGUGCCUGGCUUGCAAAGUGAGGCCCGUCGUGGACUUGGUUAUAUCCGCGAAUGUAUCGAAAAACGGAGGGAUAUUGUUAGUCGGGAAGACCAUGAAGAUUGGGAUUACAUUGUCUUAAAGUUAAUCAACGCCAAGCUUAGUGGCAUGCCGCUUUCACCUAUUAAACGUCCUCCUCACAUACCUCACUCCUCUGUUGAGCUUUAUGACAAAACUGAUGCAGAAUCUACCACGUUUGGAGAUGCCUAUCUCUAUACUCGCUUCUGCAACUUGGGAUACUUAGGGUUUUUAAUUUAAGUCAUAUAGAAGAAUGGCAACUUAAUAAUAGAUUUGGUAUUUAUUCGUGA